GCAAUUACGUAUCUGUAAUAUGGUCAUUAUCUACAUUCCAGUGAACAUACUGCGCCAAUCUAGAAACUGUAUUAUAACCUCAAUUGACUUCGUUUGAACAUCAUUUACUUUUGUAUCCUACCAUAUAAAUUCAAAAUUAGUUUGUUUUGCGACUAAACCAGUUUCGAUACUGUUAGACGUCAAUGACAUCGAUAAAAGAUAACUAGAGUCAAAUGUUCGGACUAUCUACCAGCUAAGCUGUGUUUAUACUUAGUGAUGAAUGAUAGUCGCACAUACUUGUGGCCGUAAUUAAAAACAGUUGUUUUCUGAGUUAAUGAAAGUACACACAGUGCGUAUUUGUGCUUCUUAUUUUAUAUUUAAAUUAACAAUAUGUUUUCAUAUAAAGUUAGUACAUUAACAACGAUGACAUUUUUUAUUUUUAUGAAUGUCCACUGUUAUUCAAGUAACAUUUCUUUACCCGAGGAACGGUAUUUGUUUGAUUUUACCAAAAGUGAUGACGUGGAAAAUUGGCAAGAACAAUCAGAUACAGUUCGAAAUGUUGGAAUGUCGAAAGCUUUGCUCGCUUUACAUCAAAAUACUCAGUACAGACGUGCCAUAUUUUUUGCAUUAUUAAAUCCACAAUUAAACGGCGCGGGAUUUGCGGGCAUAAGGGCGAUCAAAACAUACAAUCUCACUGGGUACACAAAACUACAGAUCAAAUGCAGAGGCCAAGGGCAAUAUAAUGGAUUUAAAGUUGUUUUGCGACACAAAGGACUAAAUGAUGAACCAAACUAUUCAUAUGAACAAUACUUCCAGGCUCCCAAAGAUGAAUUCGCAAUCCGAACUUUACCUUUUUCUGAAUUCAAAGCUUACUAUAGAGGCAAAAGGAACAACAAUAGCGAACCCUUAGAUAUAUCCCAAAUAACGAGUAUAGGCCUUCAGAUGUAUGGUGGAGUGUACCAGCCAAUUAAACAAAAAGGACCGGCGACAUUAGAAAUCGAUUGGAUCAGAGCUGUAUAAAACAUA